AUGCCGCCCACGCUUAUCCUCAUCCGCCAUGCGCAGGCCCUCCACAACGUUGACAGUAAGGCCUACCACAGCCUACGGGACCCGGUCCUCACCGAUCUCGGCCGCCUGCAAGCCGUCGAGCUGCGAGAGCACCUGAAAGCCGCACUGCCGCCAGACCGCAGAAUCGAACUCAUCGUCAUCAGCCCCAUGCGCCGCGCAAUUGAGACCUGCCUCAUUGCCCUGGAUUGGGUGAUCAACGAGGGUGUGCCCGUCGUGCCGGACGCGCGAUGGCAGGAACUCCACCCGAACCCCUGCGACACCGGCACGCCGCGCGAGCAGCUUGCCGCCGACUAUCCGCAGAUCGACUUCUCACUGCUUGACCCCGUCUACCCGGACAAGAUCUCGCCGGCCGGGGCGCGCUACCGGUGCGAGAAGGGCGCCGUGCUCGCGCGGGCCCAGUCCGCGCUCGCGGACCUGUACUGGCGCACCGAGGAUGUGGUCGCGGUGGUCUCGCAUUCCGGGUUCAUGCGCACGGCGGUGACCGGGCGAAGGUUUGCGAAUGCCGACUAUCGCGUUUUUGACUUUGAGGAGAGGGACUGGAACCAGGAGGGAGAGCCGUACCGGUUGGUGGAGUGGGAGUGGACGAGGGGGAAAGGGGGAAUGGGGAGGAGUAACGAGGAGCCGGUUGAGCUCGGGGAGGGGUUGCCUGAGGAGUGA